UGAUUCAUGAGUAUAGAUAUUUGAAUAUGUAAAAUUGAGUGAAAAUUUUGAUGAUAAAAUCUACUCUCUUGCAAGUAUUCGAAUCACUUUACUUUAUAUAUCUACUUAAAGGAAGAAUCAAUCUUAAAAAUGAAAAUCCCUUGGAGCAAUCCAGUAGGUUUUAAAUUCCUUUCCCUUUUCAUUAUUUUACUAGAGGAGGGGAAUGGAACAAUCAAUGAUAUGGCAUCCUAUGCUGAAGCAAAUGCAUCAUAGUCCCGAAAAAGUAGGUUAACAAUCGAAUUCUUUUCAGAUGUAAAUUGUAAAGUACAUUCUUUAAAUUCUUGAUAAUUUGUUCUAUUUGUUCAUAAAGUUGGCAGAAAAAUUAUGGGAGAAAGUCCUGCACACAACCUGCUCGAUGAAAUGCUUCAACUAAAUUCUGCCCUUAUCAAUGCUUUUAUGACAGAACUGGAACCUGAUUCUCCGGUUAUCCAGGUGAUAACUAUGAUCUUCCUAAGAGUUGACUUGCCGCCAUGGUUCUCUGUGCUAUCUAUAGUAUUGAACUCAAAUGUAGACCUUGAUGUCUCAAGAAUAGAAACAGCUCCACAGAGUAUGUUGCCGAUCAUAUGCUUUAGAGAUGGAAGUCCUCCACUGCCAGAUGCCUUAUCAAUGGCGAAUUCAGCAAUCUCAGGGAUAAAUGGUCUUGGUAUAGGCUGUGUUUUCCAAUGCAGAAAAAAAUCCCUAUGACAUUGACAAACAAAUAACAAUCGGCUUCUGCUCUUGUGAUCGAAACCAUGGAGGCUUUGACUGUAGCAUUGAAAUUGUAACUCAUCAAGAUGGCAAAAUUAGAUAUAUAUGCAAGUCCAGAUAUUUUGAUAAUAUCAUUAGACAAAUUAACGACGGUAAAAACUACCUGG